UACUCCAGGGGGAUGCUUGCACUGGCCACGAUAGCCACAGUGCUGCUGGCUGCCAUGGCCAUCUAUAACCUCCUCACGCCCAGGUUUACCUCCUCCCACCCUGCCCCAAGCAGCAGCCUCCGUCUGCCCAAGGGCGAGUCCUGCUCCGACCCCUGCAAGAUUGUUCUGGUGGAGAGCAUCCCUGAAGGUCUGGAGUUUAACUCCAGCACCACUCACCCCUCCAUCUAUCAGGCCUGGCUCAGUCUGGCAGCCGAGGCUCGCAGCAGUCUCGACAUCGCCUCCUUCUACUGGACACUCACCAACAAAGACACUGGCACCCACGAGCCGUCAGCCUAUCAGGGUGAAACCAUCCUGAAGAAACUGGCUGAACUUUCAGGAAAGUUAGCUGUUCGUAUCGCCGUCAACACGCCACAAGAGAGUCAGCCUCAGGACAACCUCCGGCUGCUCAACGACUCAGGUUCUAAAAAUAUCUUUAUUCAUUUUGAGAUAUUGAUUCUAAUGAUGUCACUCAAAACUCUGUUCCUUCAAUAG